AUGGGAUUUGGUCACAAAUGGAAUCAGUGGAUUAAAUUUUGCAUUUCAACAGUGAACUUCUCUAUACUUAUUAAUGGUUCACCAACAGGUUACUUUAAUUCACAGAGGGGCCAAAGACAAGGUGAUCCUCUAUCACUCUUUUUGUUCCUCUUAGUCAUGGAGGGACUGAACAACAUGAUUAAGACAGCAAACAGGGAAGGCUUGUUAAGAGGAUUUAAGGGGAAAAGCUUCCUAUACCCAGUUAAUGAAGUGCCAAACAUGGAAAUCUUAAAGACAAUCUUAGGGUGUGAAGUGGGUGCUCUACCAACUAUCUACCUUAGAUUGCCUUUGGGGGCCAAGUCUAAGUCUAUGGAAAUCUGGAAUGGGGUGAUUGCAAAAUGUGAGAAGAUGUUAGCAAGGUGGAAGUCCCAAUAUCUCUCAUUGGGUGGAAGAUUGACUUUGAUGAACUCUCUGCUUGAUGCACUUCCAACAUAUAUGAUGUCAUUAUUUCCUAUCCCACCAGGAAUCAUCAAUAGGUUGGAUAGCAUCACGAGGAAAUUUCUAUGGCAAGGGAACAAAGACAGGAAAGGUUACAACCUAAUCAAAUGGAAGGCAGUGAUCAAUGAGGAGAUUUGGGGGAUUGGGGAUCGAGAAUCUGAAGAAUCAGAGUAA